AUGCAAGAAAUGUUAACUUAAACUCUUCUUUUUUAAUAUGAGGAGAUAAGAAAAUGUCCUCAAUGUGGCAUUAUAUAUUGUGAAUCAUAUAAAAAUGAAAUGUAACUACUCCCAUAAGAAUUUUAUAAUUGUAAAAUUAUUAAAUACCCCAAAAACUACACUUAAGUUCUGAUAAAUUGUUUUAAUAAUUUUGGCAAGAAUAGGUUUAUAUUAUUUCGAAAAUUCUGA